AGUUUGUACCUCUUCGUGGAGGCCGUGAUUUUUCUGCUGGAAAUCGGGUACGGACGAUCUUUGAUUCUGUACCCCCGGCUACACCUCUUGGCACGAGCGGGGAUAAUGCUCAGUUCCCCGACCCUCGCCCGCCUCCUUCCGGCUGUGUGGCUCAGCAUCAAGGCGAACACCAAAACCAUGAUCGUGAUGAUCACCUUCUGUUUCGUGUUUUCCUGGGUACAUUUGGUCCUAAUCACCGCUACUCACUCGAGCCAAGUCGACGACAAGGGGCGCGUCUAUUUCGGUCGGGAAGAGAACAACAUUUUCAGCGGGGCAACCGCGUACUGGAACUCCGGUACCACGGGGAACUACCCCGGGGAGAUGCUGCGCGAGUUUACGGCCUACCGCUGGACGGGCUGGCUUCACACCAGCGCGCAGGUCUUUCUCUGCACCAUCAUCAUGCAGUUCUUGCUAGCCACAGUGAUGAAUGAGUACAGCGAUAUUAUGAAGAAGCAGCACGAGCAAUACACCAAGGGCCGCCGGAAAGCGCUCGAAGCCGCCUACUGGGAACUGCUAGCAGGGAG